AUGUUAAUAUUAAAAACAUUAACUCAUUGGUCUCUUAACUUUUUAAAAGAUACUUCAACUUUUUCAAGAAGUACGGCAACUCUUAAUCAAGUAAUUCGCGGUGCUAGGCAGCCUAGAAAAUCUCCUAGACCAAAAGCACCUCGUUUAAAUGGUGCACCAUUUAGACAAGGUGUUUGUAACAAAAUAUAUACGAUGAAACCUAAAAAACCUAAUUCUGCACAAAGAAAAGUUGCUCGUGUUAAAUUGACAUGUGGUAGAAUGGUCAUUGCUUAUAUUCCUGGUGAAGGUCAUAAUAUCCAGGAACAUUCUGUAGUUUUAUUACGUGGUGGUAGAGUACAAGAUUUACCAGGUGUCAGGUAUCAUUUGGUGCGAGGUGCACGUGACUUACUAGGUGUUGUUAAUAGAGUGACAUCUCGCUCAAAGUAUGGAACAAAGAAAUUUAAAUCUGCUUAA